ACACCCACGGAGCCCGGGCCCAAAUGCUCGAGGAACAAUGUCGGAGGGCACGGCAAGGAAAGUCCAGCCCUUCACCAUUAGCACCAAGCUUUCCUUGCCCAAGUGCUCCCUGGACUUUCCGGGAGAGAGCUGCCCCGGCAUCUCUCUAGCUGCUCUGGACAAAAACCUGAAGGAGGAGAGCGUUCCUCUGUCCCUGGCUGGCGGUUCCCCGGGGCCCACGGGGGCUGGGCUCGAAAGGGUGGCCACCCAAGAGGAUGGCAUCAACCCCAACUCCUUGUCCCGUUCCAUCAAGAAGAUCGCUCUGUCCAACUGGCAAAGGGAGCCUGGUCCGGGCGAGGAGGAUGCCAUGCUUAGGGGCACUACCCAGGCCAGCUCCGAGAGGAACUGCAACAACAACAACUGCAGGACAGGAAAAGCCCAGUUCAAGGUCUUUCUCAAAAAAGAAGGGAGGAAAGAGGAAGAAAAGCAAGAAGAAAAAAAGUUCAAGGUUGGGGACAGAGCUGCUCCGCUUCACAUGAUUGCAGAUUCUACUGCUUCAUCUCCAUGGAAAGAGGGUAUCAAGAAUAUACAGGCAAGUAAGCUAGUGGAGCCGAAACAUGGCAUCAAGAGCAGCCCAGGGCUGGUGGACCUUUCCAAAUGGAGCCCACUCAUAACUCAGUUCAACUGUGAUGUGAUGCAGGCCGAAAAGUGGGUGCAAGGAAAACUCCUAGACCUGAAGGAUGGUUGCAGCAUUCAGGAAUGGGGGCACAUGACUCAAACUUUACAAAGAGAUAUGAAAGACUUUGAAAAUACUAUGAUCAAACUAAACCAGAUCGGCGAGCAACUCAUGGUUCAGCCAAACCACAGCACAGAGAUAGGGAGGCGAUUGCAGACCCUGAGAGAACAAUGGCAACUGCUGAAGCAAUUGGCAACAGAUCAGAGCAAAGCAGUGGGAGGACUCAGGAACCUGCAGGAAUUCAAUCAGAAAUCUGAACAGCUGGAAGCUUGGAUCAGACAGAAGGAAGAGAAACCUUUGCUAGCUAUCCUGCUACAAGAGAAAGCAGACAAAAUUCAGCUUACCCGGCGCAUCCUUGACUUAAAGCAGGAGGAGCAGCAGUUCCAGUCCCUGCAUGAGGAAAUGAACAGCCUGGCUCACAAGCUUGAGAAGCAGGGGAAGAGUGAGAGUAGGAGUGUCAUGGCUCGGCGCAAACACCUCAAUAAAAUGUGGCUACAGGUCCAGGGGACAAUGAAGGAGCAUUAUGAAACCCUGCAGCUGGCUUUGGAGGCAGCUACCUUUCUACAACAAGCAGAUGUGCUCCUGGGGGCCAUCCAUGCAAAGCGGAGGAGUCUCUGUGGACUGGGGAAGCAGAGAGAACUUAAAUCCAACUCAGACCUAGAUGUCAGAGAUUUAGCCAGCCAGGUGAUGAUGCUGGAUGUAACUCUGUCUCAGCUCACAAGCCUCCAUCCCAGCCUGGUAGCACGAGUUUCUCUCAAGCACCAAGAUGUCAAGGAGAGUUGGGCCCAGCUCCAGCAGCUGCUGAGGAAUGAGAAGCCUACAUUGUUGGCUUUGACAAGGAGAUUGACUGAUUCACCAAGUUCUGAGCUGGAGAUCACCACUACUACAAGCAGUCCAGACAGAGAGCCUGGAGAAAAAACAGUAUGGAGGGUGCAUAAAGACAUUUUAGAAAGUAUGGAGGAGUGCUUGAGAGACCAGGAGAGCAACUCAGGCUCACACAAAAGGGAGGCCACUGCCAGUGACAACAGGAGGAGGAAGAAGCUUCUCAGGCAGGCAAACACUUCUGAGGACCCACCGCAGCAGAAGAAGGCACACCCUCAGGACUUCUGCCAGGUGGCUGAUGGGAAACCACAACAGUUGCUGCAUACUGACCACAGGUGGAGUCCUAAAAUAGACAAUACCCUCAUGGAGUUGGAGGAAUUGUGGGAAGAAUUAAAAAGAAAGCACCGAGAGAACGGUGUUGCACUGAAGGAGAUUGAUACAGCCCUGCAGUUGGUUGGGGAGCUGGAAGAGGCUGAGUGUUGGCUAGGAACCAUGGUAGGCUUUCUCUCUACUCCAAGAGCAACAAAGAAGCUUGAUGACCUCCGUGGGGACCUAAAGAAUAUUGGCACCCUGGAGAACCAGGCUAGGGCCUGGAGUACUAAGCUUCAAGCCCUGGAGGAAGAAAUGGAAAUGGAAUCUUCCUCAGAGCACAUAGCAGCGGCAAUGAUUCAGAGAAAAAUGGAACGAGUAAAAGAAAGGUUGGCUUAUGUGCAGGAUGCCCUCCGACACAGAGCAUCAGACUUGCGUGAUUCCUUGAUUUUAAUGGAGUUUUUGCAGAAUGUGCAGCUGGAGGAAAUGCUAAGUCAGAGGAAUGAAAAGCAGGCAAUAGCUAACCAGCUGGCUUCUCAGGAGUCUUUGCAAUUUCUUAUAACCCAAAGUGGUCAACAGCUAAGCAAUGAGGACAUGAGCAGGCCACUGGAAGAACUUCAGGAAGCAGUGGAGAUGCUGAAUGCUGUGGCGAAAGAACGACAGGCCAACAAGGCAGGGAUCCAGAGCGAGACCUUCCAAUGUUUUGAACAGGCCUUUAGUGAUGUGGCAGAAACUAGGCUGGUGUGGAUCAAUUCACACAUGGAGACAGUGAGGGAAAGAGUACAAAUAUUGGCUCAAGACAUUACCCAGGCAGAGAGAAGCUUUGCCAUGGUGAAGAAUGAGCUAGAUCUGCUGGAAUUGGAAGGGCUGCUGAAAAGGCAGAAAGAGAUAGAGAGUGAUGUGUCUAAACUGGCAGAAGAUAUAGAAAAGCUAGAAAAAGCAGUUACUCGACUGGAGGAAGGCUACCUGCUUCAAAUAUCUUAUGAACCCAAGCGGAUACUUGAAAUACUAGAAUCUUGGAAGGAUCUGCAAAAGCUGGUGUUGCAAAAUGCAGUCCAUGGGCAGCAAGCUGUUUAUCUGCAACAAUUCUUCAGGGAUUAUUUGGCCAUUAUCUCCUGGACAGAAGAUACCCGAGCACAGAUCUUCUCAGAGAGUUCAAGUACAUGCGGUUUGACAGAAGCUCAGUGGAAGGAGCUAGAAAAUAAUAUGAAGACUAAGCUCAAGGAGUUUGAGGAGUUGGCAACAGCUGGAUGGAAGCUGGUAGCUGAGGAACACUUCUUGAGUGAGACAAUAAAGGAACGAUUGGAGGAACUGCGAAGUAUGCUGGGAUGGGUGAUGGUGCACUGGCAUGCACAGAGUUCUCAGAAGGACACUGACAACAAAAACAAUGGCGCAGAGACUCAGGACGGCAUUCUGAAUAAGCCCCAAAACCACCAGAUUAAAGUAGCUCCUGAAACCAGUGUACCUGGGGCAGAUGAUACUCUGAGCUUGUGUGUGGCUAAAAGAUCUCCACCCAUGCUAGGUUCACUAAAGAAUGGAUCUGCAGCACAAGACCAUGAGCUAGAGAGGACCUCUGUAUCCACUGCAGUCCUAUCUACUGUAGAUGUCCUUCCAGUGCAGAAACAGACCUUAGAAGAAUCAGAAAACCCUGAAUUGGACAUUCUCAGGGAGACUCUGAUCCUAGAGCCUUCAGAGACCCCAGUGCUGCUAGUACCACCACCAGGCCCUGGCAGCUUGGGAGGCACAGUAAACCUGAUUUUGAGCAUUGGGAAGAAGGGGGAGAAAGAAGCCCCACGAAGUCAGUCUAGAGUAUCACCAUCAUUGGUACAAGAGACCUUGCAUAAGCGCCCUGAAACUAAACCCUCAACCUGUAAAACGUUUUGGAAACGUUGUCAGGGAUUUUUAGAAAACACUUUGGGUAGUUUAAAGAGAAAGAAAAGGCUACUGCACCAGCAUGCAGAAGAGGUGAGCACCUAUUUGCAGAUGAAAGAGAAAGAUGGAGAUGCAGCCCAUGGAAGCUCAAUCUCCAGGCCACCAACUAUAAAGCAGAUGCCCCCUCGAACCUAUUCUCUCCCACUUCCCAGUCCAGGGUGGAGCACCGCAGCCUCUCAAACCUUGCCCAAAGCCAGCUCCAGCUGCCUUUUGCAAAGUCUGAAGAGAAAAGGCAAAAGGAAACCAGCAGGGGAUGCCCACCUGCUCACCUUGCAGAGGAUCAUGGGGACAGAACUAAAGAAUCUUCAGUUUGUUCAAGAAAAGAGGCACAACACCAGUAGCACUUGGCCCCCAAAGAACAGCAGGAAGGCACAACGUUUAUGGACUCCAACAAACCUUGGAGACAUGACAGACUAUAUGAGGAACCCACUGGCACAGGCUAUUGACAUUGAGUGUAACUCAGCUGGAGAAACAGCUGGAGGACGCCUACUCUUGGGACAAAACAGAGGUCUCAUCAGCUCCCAGGUACCAACAGAGAAGAUAAGCACAUGCCAGCAUCUUUCCCUGGGUUCUGUCCUGAGCCUGCAGCUCCCCAAGGAUCCCACUGUCCUCAGAAAUGUCCAUGAGACCAUCAAGGUGAUCAAAGAUGGAUUAGCAGAAAGGAAGAGUGAUAGUCAUGGCUGUCAGGUGGCUCAUGGAAGCUCAGAUAGGGCAAAAGUCCAGGGGAAAAGCACUCCCUUGCAAAAAAGAGGAACAGAAGGGCAGCUAGGAAUACACAAAAGCAUUAUUAGGGCUGGGGAUGUUCACAGUAAGGACAAGGGUAGUACAUGGUUUGAAGAGGUAAGCAUCAGUCCAAACUACUGCAAGCAGAAGGCUUACAUUGUUGCUCCUUGUGAAGAAGACAGACAGAGUCCCAAGAGUCAGAGCAGCUCUGGUGAUGACUUUCUGGAUUUCAAACAGAACCGGCUCUCCCGUAUCAGUGUACUGCAUGAACAGAUAGGCUGGGAGUGGGACAAGCUUGCGGCAUCACUGAGUACAACUGGUAGCUCCAGUGAGGUGGAGGCAAAAGAUCCAACUGAGCAAAAGGCCCAAAUUAGAGAGGCAUCCAGGGUGAGGCUGAAGCCAUCCCCUACUAAGCAUACAAGCAAUGCUGGUGCUACGUCCUACACCACCCAAGUGAAGGACUCUUUAGCAAAUGAGACACCAGGGAAGAAAAUCAGCCAGAGCCCUGUGGAAAGCUUUGUAAGAAUUACUCCCUCAUUAUUACCCUGUGUCGUCAAAUCACCACCCAAGAUGUCUGUGCUUGAACUAGACCCCCAGGAAGCAUCCUCAGAGUCAGGUCCUCCAAUCCUGACUUCCAGAGGAAAUGUGGCUGAAGGGCCAAAGUCACAAGUUGUGCCAGAGAUGUGUCACCCUGCUCAUGAGUUGUUUGAAGAGGAAGAAGAGGAGCUGCAAGCUAUAUGGAGUAAUGUGGAGAAGGACAAGAGAAGCACAGGAACCCACAGCAUUGCAGGGGAAAAAGCAGAUAAGAUCCAAAGCCCAGACAAUUCUGGUGAGAAAGUCGUACUAACAUCAGCAGACAAUGUGUUGAUAGCCAAAUUCAGGCUUCCCACCCCUGCCCAAAUGCUUCAAAGAUUGGAAGGAGAGAGAGGAACCAACAGGAAAAACAGUCCAAGCCAGCAUGACUGGGCUUCCAUAUCUUCUUUCCAGGAGCAACCUGAGAGGGCAGAGGCUUCGCCCAUGGGAUCUCUACAAAGCAUGUGCCUUCUAAAGCAGCAGAAGUUCCAAGAAGAGGACAGAUUUGUUGGAAAGCAGCUUCCCAGUAAACUGGAACUUCAGAUGAUGGAAGGGACUCUGGAAAGGAAGCACUUGUUGCAGGCAGGAGGCAAAAAGGCAAAUUGUCGUUCCUGGAACUCAUUCCAUACAGUGCUGAUGAGACAAACAUUGUGUUUCUACCAAGACAAGAAAGAUACUCUCAAGAGCUCUGCAGUGGCCUUCCCGCUAAACGUAUCCGGAGCUGUUUGCUCUCUCAACAAAGAAUAUACCAAAAAGAACAACUGUUUCACAUUGCAGAUGAAAGAUGGCUCCAAGUACCUCCUCAGAGCUCCAACUGAGCCACUUGUGAAAGAGUGGGUUAUAAAAUUGCAGCAGAACUCAGGUUUACAUGACAUGGAUUAUUUCCAUUCAGCUUCCCAGACUGCUCAAGAAAAAACAUCUGCAGUUAGUGUGAUUCCUGGCCAAAGUGUUUCUCACUUCCUGGGCCUUCAUCAGCCCCUUGCAACCAAGAACCAAGAAGCCAUUUUGAAGUCAAGGGUCAGGAUGCAGUUGCCUUAUGGCGUUCAAGAGGACCCCCUUGAUAUAGCAGCAUCUCAGACAGGAAAUGUUCACAGAUCUGCUGCCAUUUAUACUGCAGAGCACAGCCUGACACCAUGCCCUCCUACACAGUCUGCAAGGUCACAAGAUCCUUAUAUUUGUCAGGAAGAGGAGGACUUUGGGCUAAUUACAAACAAGAGGCGGUCGUAUUCUUUUACAUCAGCUACAUACCAGAAGAUUUCACCCUUGUCAGUGUCCAAAGAACCUGUGGGGGUUGGCAGCAGCUACUCAGUCACUUUGUACAUUGGAGAGCAAGCAUCUUCCACCCUCAGGCCUCGUUGCCAUUCCUUCGUAACCACUCCUGGUGGGUCCCAAGAAACCUUGGGUGGGAGAAGCCAAGGUGACUCACCUCGCCAGAAGAACAAAUCUGUUUUCAGAAAGUUAUUUGGGAAGAAAGACUGAGAUGCCAGCUUAUUCCUUUCCAGCUGAAAGAGAUGUGUGUGGCUGCAGGUCAGCACAGAACCUAUCUUUGAUUGACUGGGCCUGAUUGCUACCUGUGGCCACUGUUAAGUCGUGCCUCCAGUUCCUGAAAGUUUGCUGUCUUGUAAGAGGACAGGAAGAGAGAAAUGCUUGGGAAAGGCUCUGCUGAUGUCAAAGAACCUCUUAGGCCUCAGUCUUAUAUUUCACCUAUUCAACUUUAAUAGAGUGUAUGGAGCCAAGCUUUCUUUAUGUUCUGGCAAGGUGAUAUACACCUUGAGCCCAUUCCUUGUAAGCACUUAGUCUUUGUUUGACAUGUAAGCAAAUGCAGAAAUUGGGUAAAGCAUUCCCAAACCUGUGUGUUAAUACUGUACUGUAUUUGUACUCCUUUUCAGAGGGGAGAGUCACAUUGUCUCCCUUUCUUCCUAACAAAUGUUUGUGUGGUUAAGGAUGGGAUCAAAAAAAGAAAGAGCUUCCUUAUUACCAAUUAUCCACACUACAGAAUUCAAGCGCAGGGUUGACAGCUUUUUUUCCCUUAUUUUACUUGACCUUGCUGUUGUGCAUCUUAACCCAGCAGUGGCCCAAUUUCAAAAGUCAUUGGUACAACAUACAUUCAGACCAGAGGGUUGAGAAAAGUACUUUUUUGUACUAUUACUUCCUGAACCCCCCAGAGAGCGGAGCUACAUGCUGGCUAAUUGGAUUCUGGCAGCUGUAGUACAAUCCCACCCCCAAAAGUAAUUUUCCUAACCGGUGGUUUAGGUCUUCAAGAGUAACUGUUUCUUUUCUAGCUGCCUCCUGGGUGAAGAAAGAGAAAUGCAGUAGGCUCAGCUACUUAAGUCUCUGCCCCAGUCCACCUCCCAAAUGAUUAUCCCUAAGGCAUGGGUGGGAAUUGUACAGUCCUCCAAAUGUUGUUGGACUGCAACUCCCAGCAUUCCUCUCCACUGCUAAUGCUGACUAGGGUUGCUGGGGCUUGCUGUUCAACAACAUCUAAAGGGCCAUAUGAUCCCACCCCUGCCCUAGGAGAAUUUGGCUCUUGACAUGUAAACAAGUAGUUUGCCAAGUCCUGCUUUAAAUGGAACAGAAAGUAUGAAUAACUGAUGAGAGCCAAUGUGGUAUAGUGGUCUAAGUAUUGAACUAUGACUCCUGAAGACUAGCAUUCAUAUAUCUGCUCAGUCACAUAAGCAGAUCUUGAGGAUAUCACAGGAGUUUAUCAGACAAGGGAAAUUGGAAGUAUAAUCCAAUGGCAAUCCGAACGCAAUCAUGGGGUUUAACGUUGUUGCGUGAUAGACCACCACACGCAAUUUCAGGCAAUGGCAAGCUAUU